UGUGUUUCUCAUGUUUCUACAUUAUAAAUCUAGCUUUACGUUCUGAUAUAUAGCUACUUUAAUACUUAACUCUUCUUUCUUUUCUUUUUUUCAUCAUAAUAUUUGUAUGCAGGCACUUGCAGCACUGACGCGUUGCAAGCUUUUUCUUAAUGAAAACAAUCUUGCUGCAGUGGGUCCAGCUCCAUCAUUCUUGACGGUCAGGAAGGUUGUCAUUGACUGCAUUGUUAAUGACAUGAAUCCAGAAACUUGUAUGAGGAAGUUGACAACAGAAUCCUUACAGAUGCGUGCAAAGAAAUAUGGGGCGAUUGAACUUCAACAAACAAAUGUCGAUGACAUUGGAAUGGAGAAGUGUGGCCCUUUUUUGGAUUUAUAUGGCAUGCUUGAAGUAACCUCUUAUUCUUCAUGCGUCGUAAUAGGCCGAGGUACCUUAUUUACUUGUUAGGCAAUUUAGUGAUUUAGGGAAAUUGAAGAUUUUAUAGUAUCAUUUGGUGUCUGAAGCUUUUAGUUAUGAGCUGAAGGCAAAUCACUUGUAUGAAUGCUUGCCAUAACAAUCCCUCAAUUUUUUGAUCCAUUUCAACCACUUAUGAUGAAAAAGGUUGAAGACUACUUAAUGGUGAAUAUUCAAGUGUUACAUAGUAUACAUGUAUUUUGGCAUUAACCUUGAGUCAUUUAACGCAUAUGCAUUAUAAGGGAAGUUUGCAUCUCCACUGGCUGUAUAAAAAUCAAUAUAAUUUUCCAUGUGAACCUACUCUUCUGUGACUUCAUUUUUCUAUUAAUAAGUAACACUCUCACCAUGAUCCUUUUGCAUUGUUUUGUGCAGAAAAUGAGGUGCAAGAAGCUUGGCCGUUUGUGCACUAGUUUUUAAAAGGGCUGAGCGUAGCUUGACAAUAUCAAAUACCAGAAGGACUAUGCAUCCAGAUAUUGUGGACCAGGCUGGGGCUUUUCUUGAACUUUUGUCUACAACUAGUAUUCCGGCAACUAAGGCAGCAGAAAUACUGAAUGGCCGCCCGCAAUAUGAAGUCAUCAAGACUGCGUUUCAGGAUGGUGGACUUUGCGCAAAAUAUGAGAUUGAGAAGGACUGUGCUAAAAACAGGGAACAGUUGAAUCGCAACUCACGGGCAGUUGCACGCCUUUUGAAGUGUGAUAUUUACAUAAAUGAAUGCAGGGUGGUUGCAGUAGGGAAUUCAGCUUCAGGAUUGAGGCUGUUCAGGUCAGUUGUGGAAUGCUGUUUUAUGAAAAACGAAGAUCCUGUAGCUGUUGCCAGGAGGUUUUUAAGUGUCCCGAUUGAUGAAGAAAAUUCAAGCUUUGUGCUUGUGAAUGUAAUGGGCUGGUCUUGUACCAAAUAUUACCCCAAUGACUUGAAAGGAAGCAUUAACAUAUUUAUUGGACGUUAUGUAAUUUUAGCUCUUUCCAAAUAA